AUGCCUCCCUUUCCAUCCCCAACCUCGCGAUGGCACACCAAAUCCUACGAGUCUCUAUCUCCCACGCGUCCUGAGCUUUCAGCCAAAGGCAAAACCGUGGUAGUAACCGGGGGCGGAACAGGCAUCGGCGCAGAGACGGCUCUCUACUUCGCCCAAGCAGGUGCGUCUCACAUUGCCCUGCUUGGCCGAAGAGAGCAGCCUCUCCUAGACACCAAGACCACCAUUGAGCGCAAAUUCCCCGGUGUCCAGGUAUUCGUAGCCCCGACUGAUAUCACCAAGAAGCACGAAGUCGACUCCGCCAUAGCCAAAUUCCAUACCAUUCACGACAAGAAAAUAGACGUCAUGGUAAGCAACGCCGCGAUUAUAGGCCCGCAGGACCCCGUGAGCGAGGCCAGUGGGGACGCUUUCCUUCAUUCCAUUCAGCAGAAUCUCCAGGGAUCUCUGUAUAUCGCACAGGCUUUCCUCCGCUAUGCGGCUGCAGAUGCGGUUGCUAUUGAAAUUAAUUCGUCUGCCGCACAUGUGAAUUUCGGGCCUGGGUUCGCAGCGUAUAGUAUCGCCAAACUGGCGGUGUUUCGGCUUUGGGAUUCCCUGGCUUUUGCGAAUCCGGGAAUCAGCGUCUUUCACGUCCAGCCUGGGAUAGUGGAUACUGCGAUGAAUAAGGAGGCAGGGGGUGUUGCAGCUAUAGGAUUUGAGGAUCACGUUUCUCUCCCAGCAAGCUUCAAUGUAUGGCUAGCAAGCCCUGAAGCGCGGUUUUUAAAGGGGAAGUAUUUGUGGGCAAACUGGGAUGUAGAUGAGCUCAAGGCCCGCGCUGAAGAGAUUGAAACGAGUGCACAGCUUACUAUUGGACUCGCUGGAUGGCCUUUUCAGGAGGAUAUUAACUGGAAGGCCACCUGGAAGGAAAAGACGAGUGAAAGUACUUAG